UAAAUGCACAUUGCUCAUCGCCUAACUUCAUCCGACAUAAUCCCAUCAUGAAAGAUUUUAACGCAUCAUUAAAAGACGAACUUGCCGCACCGCAAUGGUUUGUUGGUGACUAUCGCAAGAGGAAUGAAAGAGCGUAGAAAGUGCAUGCCAAAAAGACUUGUGAGGAAUGUUAUGCGCAUGACAUAUCCUUCCAUUCAGAACACUUUUUUUGUUGCUUCUAGCGUGUCCUGAGUGUCCUGUAGCACAAAUAGCGUAUCAUUUGCACAACCAUCACAAAAAGGGGAUUUCUCCCAAGGACAACUGUUGAUUGGCAGUGGGAAGUACGGAUGCUGCGGAAAAUGGGGAUCGAACAUUUGCUCUUGUUUUUCUCCUCACUGGAGACUAUAUAAAGGCUUGCAAAUGAUAAGCGUACUAUCAGUUUCGUUUCGUUAGUGACUUGGGAUAAAAGUGUUACUGCCAGCUUCCGUACGCAUUUUUUGUUUUCUAAUCAAGGUAGAUCGAACGUUCCCGAGUGUAGGAAUCGGUUUGUUUGUGGUGUGACAUUUUUCACCUGUCCGAACAGGGAAAAACAGAUUGUUGAAUGCUUCGCCAAGUGCGUCUAAUUGAAGUGAAGUAGUACGCAUCUGCUGCAGCUACGAAGGUGCAAAACUGUUGUCCAGUAAAAGUAUUUCUUCACCAAAGCUACGCAGAAUAUCGCACUGGAGAUGGAUUUUGACGAGUAUCGUCAGCGAGGCAAGGAGAUGGUUGACUACAUUGCGGACUAUCUGCAGAACAUUAGGGAACGACGCGUCUUACCGGACGUUCAGCCGGGGUAUAUGCGUAGCCUGAUACCAGAGUCGGCCCCGCUCGAUGGUGAACGAUGGGAGAACAUCUUCGCGGACAUCGAGCGUGUCAUCAUGCCGGGCGUAACGCACUGGCAGAGUCCACAUAUGCACGCGUACUUUCCAGCGCUAAACUCAUUUCCUUCGCUGCUCGGCGAUAUGUUGGCCGAUGCCAUCAACUGUCUCGGAUUUACUUGGGCAUCUUCUCCGGCUUGUACCGAGCUGGAAUCGAUAGUGAUGAAUUGGCUCGGGAAGAUGAUUGGUUUGCCGGAUAUGUUUCUGCAUCUGCCCGGCAUCAGCAUGGGCGGGGGUGUGAUCCAAACGACUGCCAGUGAGGCAACGUUGGUGUGUCUGUUGGCCGGCCGUACCGUGGCCAUUAGACGCUUUCACGAGCAUACGCCCGGGCUGCAGGAUGCGGAAAUAAACGCCCGCCUGGUGGCGUACUGUUCCGAUCAGGCACACUCCAGCGUGGAGAAGGCGGCCCUAAUCGGCUUAGUCCGGAUGCGAUUCAUCGAGUCGGACGAUCAACUCAGCCUCCGUGGGGAUGCUUUGCGCGAUGCAAUCGAGGAAGACAUCAAGCAGGGUCUGAUACCAUUCUGGGUUUGUGCCACCCUCGGUACGACGGGGGCCUGCGCCUUUGACCAUCUGGCCGAGAUAGGGGAGAUUUGCGCGUGCCACAACAUCUGGCUACACGUGGAUGCUGCCUACGCUGGCAGUGCGUUUAUCUGUCCAGAGUUUCGGGUGUGGCUGAAGGGCAUCGAGAAAGCGGACUCGAUCGCAUUUAAUCCCUCCAAGUGGUUAAUGGUGCACUUUGACUGCACAGCGAUGUGGGUCAAGAAUAGUGGUGCCCUGCAUCGAACCUUCAAUGUGGCCCCGUUGUACCUACAGCACGAAAACUCGGGUCUUGCCAUCGAUUAUAUGCACUGGCAGAUACCGCUCAGUAAGCGAUUCCGUGCAUUGAAGCUAUGGUUUGUGCUGCGUAGCUUCGGUACACGAGGACUGCAGAAACACAUUCGCGAAGGCGUCCGAUUGGCGCAGAAGUUUGAAGCACUCGUGCUGGCAGACCAUCGGUUCGAGAUCCCGGCCACACGCCAUCUCGGGAUGGUGGUGUUCCGGAUCAAGGGUGAAAACGAGCUGACGGAGAAACUGCUGAAGCGGCUCAACCAUCGUGGACAUCUGCACGCCGUUCCAGCAUCGCUGAAGGGACGCUACGUCAUACGGUUUACCGUCACCUCUACCUACACCUCGAACGACGAUAUUCUGGCAGAUUGGAACGAAAUACGCACCGUAACGUCGGAACUGCUCAAUGAGCUGAAUGUGCAGAUGGUCGACCGGACACGUGUGCCGCUAAAGGAUACGCGCGAAAAGAACGAAGCGUUCGGAUCGAGCCUUCUGCUCGCCAACUCACCAAUGUCGCCGAAGAUCGUGAACGGCUCGUUCGCGGCCAUCUUCGAUGCGGACGAGUUCCUCGCCAAGGUGUACGCCGGCAUACGCAUCUCGAACCAGGACUCACCGGCCAUGAGACGUCGCGUCCGGGGCAUCCUCAUGUCCGGCAAACAGUUCUCGCUCGACUCACGCAUGGAUCUGGUGGUGCACGGAAUUGGGCCCGGUGAGGUGCGCAACGGCAUCGAAUCGAAGGCCAUUAACGAAGACUUAGAGGAGGUCUGGGAAGCUUGUGAGCAGAUGGAGCUUUCGGACCAAGAGAUUGCACCGGUCGAGAACAUCUUCCAUCAUCAACGUCAUCGGUCUCCUUCUCCACAACCACCGUUGAAGCUGGAACCACACUUCAUAGAACCGCUCCCGAUACUGCCUGUAGCAGGACCAUGUCGGGGUCGUUCACAAAGUGUGGACACCGGCAUUAUUCGUGCCCAUGCUAACGCAACAAACACCAGCUGGUUGCUUGAGCGUGAGGAAGCCAUCACCCGUUCGGAACCGUGCUACUCCACCGACUCCCUCACCAGCCAACCUUCACUCUCCUCUCCGAUUCCUGCCCAGCCACCCACUCCACCUCCCAUCGGUCAUACACCGAAAAUUUCCUGCGAAUCACAUCUGGACAGUAUCGAUGAGAAUCGACCUACGGAGCACUUUCCACGCAGCAAGAGACGCUGUUCCGAUAAUUCUCACCUGUUCUCACUCACCCGUCCCAACGUGUAUCCCGAGAAGCGUCAAUCAGAACCUGCGAUUCGGUGUGCCUUCUACAACCGUGGCUUCGAUAUGCUCUGUCCACCUCGUCCACCGCCACCGAAGCGUGUGCUGUCCCAGAACGAUCUACCCCGGACACGUCAGCUUCGACGACAGGUUUCCACCGUAUCGGAGCUGAACCUUAGCGAUCCGGAUGAGGAUUGGCGGCGGGCACGGUUGCUGGUGCCACCGUUUCGCUACUGUAUUGCGGACGAGUCUGGACAUUGUAUCGAUUUCGACACGGUCCUACCCUGUCCGGUUGCAUCCAUCGACGAUGAAGCGAUACUGCGCGAUGCGCUACGGUUCGAGGAGAAUUUCGUGGAACGAUGCGAACAGAUCUGUCCCGAGCCGGAUUCGCUGUGUCUCGAGACGAUCGAGGAACGAGUGCUGGAUGAGUUGGCAUCUACUGGGGUAGGUGGAGUUGCUGGUAGCACGGAGUCCAUACGCAGUGAGGAAGUUAUCUACGAAAAUGUAAAACAUUGUCGAAAGUGUGGCCAUCAGCGGAUUAAAUUAUAAUAUCGACGCUGGAACAUGUUAAUACCAGCACGUACGAUACCUUUCGGUGAAGUGUGUCAUUUGGUUGAGCGAUUACUUCAUCAACCCAAUUACCAAUGUCGAUUGAAAGGUCGGUAGCAUUGUUGCAGUGUUAUUUGUGUGUGCCAAAAUAUUGAAUCAACAGAAAGGAGACAUAUUUUUAUUAAAAUUAUUUUCUCACUAUCGAUUCAUAGUAUUAACAAUUUUCCUCUAACAUGGAGAAGAUUAUUAAAUUCAUGUGUGUGUCCACAUUUAGACAGCCAUACAUCAAGAAUGAGAUCAUUGAAUCGUAAAGAAAUAUAAAUGUUGUUGUUAGCUAUUACGGAGCAAAUUAAGCAAACUUUAUCGUUAAAAAUUGUGUCGUUGAGAAUCUAGGCAUUAACGAUACAGGGUUUACAAGAGGAAUAGUAAAUUUUUCACAAAUUUUCGAAUAUUUUCAAUAUAAAGUGGAACAAAUGGAGAUAAAUUGUUCAAUUUUUUUGCAAGGUUUAAAAAAAAAUUCUAUGCAAAGCUUCCUCAACUCACACUUUCUGGCAUGAUGGAAAUGUCAGUUGAAAAAGCUUUUUGGUAAAACAAUUUUAAACUUGUGAAUGAAUGAGAGAAAGAAUUAAUUUCUAUCUCAACAUGUUCUACUUUAACUUGAAAGGAAUUUAAAAAUGAUAGAAACUUUUUCUAUUCACCUCGAAACCUCUGUGUUGAACUGUUAUGGUUUGAAUUCUAUGUUAUGCUGAGUGAAAAAUGGACUGUAUUACUGUUUUGUUUAUUUAUUUCACCUUUUCAAUAAUAUAAU